CUUCAAUCACGUGAACAGCUAUGUCACGUGAUCGAGUCGUUCAUUCGCAUGAUCACACUGCUCCAAACUGCAGUGUGUUUUUCUGGUGUUAAUAGAAUGUCAGAAAAUGAGGGAGAGGACCUGUCGAGUUCUGAUAUAUUUUCAGGGAUCAGCUUGCCAGAGGCUGAAGAGCUGGACGACAAGGAGUAUAACAUCCCUCAAGUAGAAGCACCACCUACUCUGGAGAGCAUCUUAAGUGAGGAUGUUCUGUGUGACCUUGAUGUUGACCUUCUCCUUUCUGAGGAGCUCUCUCAGCUGACAGCAAUGCCUGAGGACGGCAGCAACACUAACACUGUAAAAGAUGAAGAGCGAGCUGCCAAAGAUUCAACAACUUCUGAGUGGAUAAAAGAGCCACCACUGCCAGCCAUCAAGCAGGAGGCAGUCUUGCACCAUAUCACUCUAAAAGGGCUAUCUGCACAGAUUACCUCAGCCGCAAACAAAGUAGAUGCAGGCACACCGACUGCAAUGGCUGUCUGUGGGAUUAUAGCAAUUGGAACAUCAAAUGGACUGAUCCUAAUCUUUGACCCUAGUCAGGUGCUGAAGCUGUGCUUGGGUAGUACAAGUCUUGGUGCCCAAUAUGGAGCCAUCUCAGCACUCAGCCUUAAUAAUGACUGCACUCAGAUAGUCAGCGGGUUUACAAAAGGACAGAUUCUUCAGUGGGAUCUAGAAACAGGAAAGCUCCUCAGGACCAUUACCAAUGUUCUUCCUCACGGCACUACAGUUCUCAAUAUCAAGUUCACAGACGACCCAUCUGUGGCUGUAUGCAGUGACAGCACGGGUUCAGUGUUUGAGCUUAGUUUCAAAAGAUCUAUGGGAACCAAAACAUGUGAAGCACGCUGUCUUUUCAGCAGUGACAAGGGGCAGGUGUGCUGUGUUGAGCCUCUUCGCAUCCCGGAGUAUUUCUUAGAACAUCCAGCAGCACAGUACUCAUUAGUAGCCAUGGUUUCCUUAAAAAAGCUUUUGGUUAUAAGUCUUAAACCAGUGCUUCAUGUGAUACACGCUUCUCCCUUUCUAAAGACUGACCCUUACUGCGUUCCAGUCCUGGCCUGGCACUUCAUGUUGAUCAAGGAAUGUGAUGAUCCAGUGCUGGCUUUCUGCAGAGGCUCCUCUAUGACACUAUUUCAUGUUAAAUGCACGGGGGAAAGCCUGGAAUGUGUAAAAAUUAUGGAGGCAAAUCAUCAGUAUGAUAUAGUAAAUGUUAAGUGGAUGAAUUCGCAGACUCUACUACUGAUUGACCCUCUUGACAAACUGCACAUUUUGGAUCGAGAGAGCCAAGAGGAGAUGGAGCUGUUGGACCUGUCUGACAUGCAGCUGAUUCACACCAGCAGUUUUCUCAGGCCCUUGACUCCUGGAGAGCACAUCAGCCCAACACUGGCUGAAAUAGGAGAGAAGUCCACGUAUCAAUCUGUGUGCACUCAUGGUGGGGAAACUGUUUUACUGGGUGCUAAGUCGGUGCAUGUUGUGUCUUUAAGAACUUGGGAAGAGCGGAUCAACUUCCUUGUAAAACAAGAUUGUUUUGCAGAAGCACUGGGUUUGGCCUGGGUGUUUUUCAACGGAACUGCCAAAGCUGUCUUUGGUCUUUCUGGUAAAAAACAGAAGAAGAAAGCUAUCGUGGCAAAUAAGGUUGCUAAAAUGCUGUUAAAUUACAUUGAGAUAUCUCUGAGGAGGUGUCCUGAACAAGGCAAGUUGGAGAUAAUGGAAGAGCACUUUCAGAAAACAAUACCACUUUGUGUCACCUGCUGCUUCAAAUUCAAUAAAACGGAUCUGCUGUUUGGGGAGGUUUAUGAUAAGCUGAACCACAAUGCUGUAGCACUAGGGGUGCUGUUUGAGUGCCUUGAGCCCUAUAUACUUGCUGACAGGCUAAAGGACAUCACACCUUUAGUUGUGAAAGAACUGGUUGUGUAUUAUGAGAAUGGAGGAAUGCUAGAUGCUCUUGAGUCACUUAUAACUCACCUGGACAUAACAACCCUGGAUCUACACCAGAUCGUUCUGUUAACAAGGAAAUAUAAACUUUUUGAUGCUCUGAUCUAUGUUUACAACAAAGGCAUGAAUGAUUUCAUCACGCCCAUAGAGGAAAUGAUACAAGCUAUGGAGAAUGCUUUGAAAAGUGAAAACACAGAUGAACUUGUAGCUGUUGGCAACAAGAUUCUUGUCUACAUCAGUUGCAGUUUAACCGGUAGAGCAUAUCCUUUGGGAGUCAUUUCUGAAGAUCUUGUUCCUGUUGUCAAGACUGAGGUUUUCAGUUGCCUGACAAGAUUACAUUCAAAGAAUGCUGAUCCAGAUGAAGGGCCGCACCCCUACAUCCGCACACUUCUCAAGUGCAAUACCCGGGAGUUCCUCAAUGUUUUAGCCCUGACAUUUGAAGACAUGCAGCAGUAUUCACAAGCUGUUGAAUUUCUGCAAAUAAUUACAGAUGUCUUACUUAAGGUUAUGCUGGAGAGUGUUGAUUUUACACCAUCGCAGAUCGGCUGUCUCUUUACUUUCUUAGCUCGUCAGAUUGCCAAAACUGAAAACGCCCUUUUUGUGAACAUGCAGCUUUUUGACCAAGUUCUUGAUUUUUUGUGUAAUCCAGAGGAUGGGACCCGGCAUACAGAAAGACAGCAGGCCCUGCUGGAACUUUUGCAGGCAGGGGGUGCUAUUUACUUUGAUGAAGACAAGCUGCUUUCAAUGGCUGAGAAAAUGCAAUUCUACCAAAUCUGUGAGUUUGUGUAUGAGGAAAGACGUCUUUACACCAGCAUUGUUGGAUGCUACCUGAAAGAUGCAGCAAGAAGGGAUCAGGUAUUUGGGUACAUAAAUGAUGUCAUCACUAGAGCUGAUCUAACAAAUGAAGAAAAAAUAGCAUUUCAGAAUGAGGUAUUUUGUAACAUACAGGAACUCUUGACACUGAGCCCCAACCGGACUGCAAUGCUGAUUCUGCAGAAAUUUCAAGACAGUAUUCCUUUAAUCAUGGAAACACUACAGCAGGAUUCCAAACUUCUCUUUGACUUUCUGCAUGGCAUUUUCAAUCCAAGGGUGGAGCAAUGGCCUUUUAAAGAUGCCAGCCUGUUGAAUCAUGAAUUCCAUGAAAUGUAUAUUGAGCUACUGUGCCAGAACCAUUCUGACCAAGUCCUGGGUUUCCUCAAGUUGUCGGACUUAUAUAGGCCAGAGGAGGCAGUCAAGAUUGUGCAGAAACAUCAGGUGUAUGAUGCUUUGGCAUUUCUCCUAGAGAUGCAAGGGAAUAUACAGGGAGCAUUUUCUGUCCUCUUAGAGCACAUGAAGUCAAGACUACACACCCUAACAGAAUGUGGAGCAUCAGUCAUGGGAAAGGAAGGUCCAGCGAUUCACUCCAGCGAUAGUGGAUUUGUACAAACUGUACCUUCACUGCUGAAGCAGAUUAUUGGUUUCUGUCAGCGAGCCUCUGACACCCUGGACACACAACAGAAAGAGGAACUCUGGUUUCCUCUUUUGGACCUAUUGAUGUCACCAGCAGAGCACUUACAGUCUUCACCACCAGAUCAAGUAAUAAACAGUAUGAAGGCUCUAACAAAAGAUGUGCUAGAAGGCAUGGCAGCUUACAUCCCCCUUACAGAUAUACUGCAAAGGCUCAUUCAAGAUCCUGUUUACAGUGUGGGCAACUAUGGAGAGAUAAAGGGCAUCAUCUUAGGAAUGCUCGACACAUUUGUUUAUGAGAAGACCUUAUUAGAGGCAACAAAAAGCCUCCUGAACCAGGAUUUGCACUGGUCCCUGUGCAGUCUGAGAGCAACAGUCACCAGAGGGCUUACUCCGGCCCACAAGCUCUGUGGAGUCUGCACACAGCAGUACAAUAAGCACCGAGCUGGGGCAAAGAUCAUUGUUUUUAGCUGUGGUCAUGUUUAUCACACAGCUUGUCUACAGAGCAGUCUCAGUCAACAAGAGGGGCAGCAAGGGGAGUGGGCCUGCUUGAAAUGUUUGUCAGCUAACAAGAAGUGGACAUCAAUUACACACGGGAGGGUCGGUCAUAAAACACAGCUUUCUAUUUUAACAGAACUUGCGAGGCAAAACUCAGAUGGCUUCACAUUGGGAGGUCGGACUGAUCUCUUCCAGCAAGGAGAUUUUCAGCUGAAACUCGCUCCACCUCCUUUAGUAGACUCAACUUGAGGGUACUUUUUUGGUUGAGCUCUUUGGUUCAUAUCUGCAAACCAGAAUUUUUUUUUUUUUUAUUUCUGUGAAACCAAAGUGUGCUCAGUUGCAAUUAGUAGCUUAGUCUUAGUGGUGGAAUUCCACAAAGCUAGGAUAUAAGUAAGCAAUGCUUCUUGGAAUACCCAGUGAAAAGGAAAAAUAAACUCACUCCUUUUGAUUAAUUUGUUAUACAUUAUCUCACAAAUAUUUGAACUUGAAUUUGAUUAUACAAUACUGUGAAGCUGUUUGUGUUUGCUGUUGCCUCAGCAUUUCAGCCGCUGUCCUGUGAUUUGAACUGUUUACCUAGGUGCUUGACGUUAUGGAUGAUGUGAAACAUUCAUAACACCACAGUAUACAUGACUUCUCAUCUGUGCACAGGCUGUUUCAAGGGUGAUAAAUAACAAGGCCUCGUAUUUUCAAGAUGAUUUAAAUAAAAAAUAUGUGCUGAUUAUGACCAAAGAAAAUAUAACAGGUCUGUAAAUUCUUUAGUUCAACAGUACAAUAUAGGUUAAUUAUAAUUAUUAAUUAUAAAAGAUGGCAAAUAUUCUGCAUUAUGCUAUUUAGACUGUUUAGCUCAAAUGAAUAGGCCCCUGCAUCUGCUAUAUUCCCAACAUUUAACACUAAAUAACAUACAGAAUCAAUUUCAUGUUGUUGCUGUAAAUCAGUUUUAAUAGUGUUGACAUACUCAUAUUAGCUUAUAUUUUAAAGUGCCUGUGUGUCAACACUGUGUAGAGUAUUAAAAAAAAGCUUUGGAGAAUAUCAUCAGUUGGUAGAUCCAGAGUAAUAAAUGUUAUUCAAAAUGAUUCAAUAUUAACCUAUAUUCAGGAAGCAGCCACGCCCAAAUCUGUGUGGCUGUUUAUGUUUAAUAAGAGAAUCUUCACUAUAUGGUAAACAUUAGGAGCCUUAUUUUUUUAUUUAUUUAUUUUUUUAAUUCAGUAAUCGGCAAUUGUUUUAUUAUUUUCUCCCAAUUUGGCAUAUCCAAUUAUUUUUAGGCUCAGCUCACCGCUACCACCCCCGCACUGACUCGGGAGCGGCGCGCUGUGAGCCGAGGACACCCUGGCCGACCUGGGCCCUCCCCCCCCGGGUGGCGCUCGGCCAAUUGUGCGCUGCCCCCUGGGAUCUCCCGUCUACGGUCAGCAAUAGAAUAGCCUGGACUCGAACCAGCGACCUCCAGGCUAUAGGGCGCAUCCUGCACUCCACUCAGAGUGCCUUUACCAGAUGCGCCACUCGGAAGCCCCACAGGAGCUUUAGUUAAUUUUAAAUUAAUUAUAUAAUGUUUUAUGUAUUGUACCUACAAUAAACACAAUGCAAUCAUUUUC